ACUGCGGACAUAGUACAGGAGAUGACCAGAGACUGCGGACAUAGUACAGGAGAUGACGAGAGACUGCGGACACAGUACAGAAGUUUGACCAGAGACUGCGGACACAGUACAAGAGAUGACCAGAGACUACGAACACAGUACAGAAGUUUGACCAGAGACUGCGGACACAGUACAGGAGAUGACCAGAGACUGCGGACAGUAUAGGGGAUGACCAGAGACUGCGGACAGUACAGGGGAUGACCAGAGACUGCGGACAGUACAGGGGAUGACCAGAGACUGCAGACAGUACAGGGGAUGACCAGAGACUGCAGACAACAGUACAGGGGAUGACCAGAGACUGCAGACAGUACAG